AUGACUGAGACAAUUGGAACUCGUUGGAGGAAACCGACGAAGAGGAAGAGAAGUGAGAGUGUGGAGGUGACUGACAAUGCUGAUGAUGAUGAUGACGACAACGUCGACGACAACGAUGACAAGGAAGGAGUGGUUAAAGGUGGAGGGUCGAGUUCCUGUAAAAAGCUCAGAGGAGAGAACGUCAGAGAGUGUAGCUCGAGCAAGGCAGGUCCGAAAGACUAUACAGGGGACAGCUCGAGCAAGGGGGCCCGGAAAGAUGACAAUGAUGGCAAUUAUGAUAACGGCGACAAUGACGAAGUGCACGAGGAGGAAGAUGAUAAGGAGGACGAGCAAGAAGAAUAG